AUGGGAUCGCCUGCUCCGAGCGUCGGCGGGCAGUCUGCACGGUCGGGCACCAACACGGCCGCACGUGCACCGCUGGGCAUCUUUGCGCACCUCGCGCCCAGCUCGCGCGAAGAGGAGUUUGUGCUCGACCCACUUGCCAUCUCGCUGUCACGUACGGCGCUCAACGCAUCCGCUGCUGCCCGCCGCAGUGCGCGGGACGACAUGGAUGAGGAUUCCGACGACGACGAUCCGCGCAGUGCCGGAUACGGGCUCAAGCAGGCGCGGCGCGAGAUGGAGGCGGCGGCGGCAUUCAAGCAUGCGCGGCUGCGCGAUCUCAAGGUGGUGCUCGAGACGAAGCGGGCUGCGACGCGCAAUGCGGCGGAUCUGCUGAGCAGCGCGGCGGCCGAGCUGCGUGCGAGCCAGGCGUCGAAUCGCGAGCGGUGGCGUGCGUUGAUCGGCCUGCAUGCGCGCGGGUGGCGUCUGACACCUGGCCGUCCGCUGCUCGAUGUGGAACGCUUUGGCGCCACCGCUGACGAGGAAGAGCCGACCGAGGACCCCGAGGCCGACGCCGAUGCAGGAGAAAAGGCAGGCGAGGAAAAGAAGAAGAAGCCGGCGGGACUGCAAGGGUUCGGAACGCCCAUCAUCACGUCCGACGGCAAGGUCAAGGACGAAGGCGCACGCGAUGCGUGGAUUGGCUUCGGCCUGCCCGAGGCGCCCGUCGAGCUGCGGCGUCGUAGUCUUGCGUACUGGGCGGAUGCCUCGAGUGCUGCAGCAGCGCCCGAGGAGGUGAAGCAGAAGCUCGUGUUUCCGGACCGCAUGCAUCGUCGGCUGCGCGUGCGCUUUGUGCUGUGGCGCGCCACAUCCUCGGGCGAAGAGCGGAUGGAGUGGACGAGCGAUCAGCCCACCUCUUCUGCCGAGUCGGACGCACGCUUGGGGGUGGGACAGGUGCUGGACGAGGAGCUGCAGAGCGCAUCGCGCGAGGCGAGCGAUGAGCUGGUGUUCGGCGAUGUGGUUGCACAAGCGCGUGCGCUGCCACCUGCAUUCGGGGUGCGUCUGACACCCUCGUCGGUACGGGUAGUACUCACGCCUCGACUGGAUAUGAUCCUUGAGCUCGUCUCGACGUGCACCGAGUGUACGGGAAAGUAUGCAGCGCAGGCACAGGCGGUGGUGGCGUUGGUGCGCAUGGGGGUGAUUCGCAAGUUCCAUGCGUUUGUCCAAGCCACGCGCCUGGCUCGACGUGCCGAUGCGUCUUCUCGGGCUGCGGCGAUCAAAGCGCACGCGCUCGCUGUGCCCAAGACGGCGGCCAAGGCCGAUACGACCACGACGCUGGCACGCAUGGACUCACUCGGCCCACUGCUGGUGGCGCUGCACUACGUGUCGUUUCUGCACCGUCUGCAACGCGUACUGAACCAUGUGCAGGGCGAACUGCAGCAGAAGGGAGUGGGCAUGCGCGUGCAGAUGGUUCCCAUUGUGGCCGAGGGUGGGCUGCGUGCGAUGAUGACGCGAUGGGUAGAGGCUGCGCAUUCGCAACCGACGGACCUGCAUACGCUGUACGCACGCAAGCAACGCUCCGAAAGCCUGCAUGGCUACGCAAAGCUCUUCGCAACCACCCAGGGCGCCGAAAGGCUCGCGGCGACCAUCACGUUCAAGCAGCCGUCGGCAGUGACGGUGCAGUUCAACGCGCGCCCGCGCGCGCCGCGCACCAAGCUCACCACCGACCCGCUCCCCGUCGACCUCGAAACUCUACCCACCCUCCUCCUACACCAUCUCACCUAG